AUGUGGUGUGUGCUGUGGUGUGUGCUGUGGUGUGUGCUGUGGUGUGUGCUGUGGUGUGGGGUAUUGUCUAUAUAUGCUUCGUAUACCCGUCUGCAUGCCGAUCCGCAGCCAGAAGGGUACACAGCCCGGACGUUGCCGAGCGCGUCCCCCUCAUCACCACCACGUCCAGAAAUCCGCAGCGGUUGCUGCAUCAGCUGCGGCUCGGUCAAUCACAACUGGGGCUACACUUCUCCCGACGGACGCUACAGUUGCCACACGUGCGGUUUUUCCAACCGCCGAGCCAACGGUUUUUACGGGCCGCUGGGAAGUCGUUCCCAGGAGGAGGCCGACGGCGCCGGCGGCAGUGCCUGCGGAGAAUGCGGCACCGUACGGACUCACGCGUGGCAUGGACACAAGGAGAGACUGCAGGUAAUGGUCUGUAACGCCUGCCAUAUGCGGUACCAAAACUGCGGCAGCUACAGCCUCCGUGCGGGUGCGGAUAGAGAGGCGUGGCUGAACCUUGGGAACGCGAACCGAGGCGAGAAAGAAGGCAGCAGCAGUGGAGGCGAAGCUGCGGCAGCGGUGGCGGCGGCGGCGGCCGCAGCAGCACAGCAAGUGCGACAUAGAUUGCCAAGGAUUACUUCGGCGCCAGCAGCGGCAGCGGCGGAACCAACGGCUGCGGGCCAGACAACAGCUGACUCCCACGAGUCACGCCGUACAAAACGUACGUCACAAACCCCAGGCGCAUCCAAUUCAGCUGGUGAAAAAUUUGGAAAUGCGGGCAAGCAUCAGGCACAGGGAGGCGCAAGCAAGACGCGUGGGUCUGGAGCCAGCUGCCGAGAGAGUGAAUCCGGAGUUAUGAGCAAGGAGCGUAGAUCCGGCGAAAGGAAGGGCGGUUUCGGAGACACGGAUCGCGGUUCCGGAGCCAGGGAACGCAGCGCAGGAGCGUUAGAGGGUCCUUGCUGUGUGUGCGGCGCAACACUGUCCGUACGAUGGUACCUGCAUAAACUCGACCCAGGAAAAGUCACCUGCCAAGCCUGCUACGACCGGCAUCGGCGUCGCGGGGCAUAUUUGAGUUCUGGCAACCGAACCGAGGCGGGCGAUCCUGGCGCUCCGGCAAGUGACGAUCAGAGGGCGGAAGCGGCGGCGGCGGCGGCAGGAGGGCCUGUGCCGCCAGCGAAGAGGACGGCUGCCGCCGCCAACCAUGUCAAUGGUGCAGGUCCUAGUCCGAAGGCUGUAGCCACUGUAGCACAUCCGGGGGGGGAUGCCUUGCUCACUGGGGGAAGCAUGGAGGCUGUAGCAGUGGCGGCGGCGUCGCCGUUACCGUUGCCAGAACUGGCUUGCGAGUUAGCACCCGAUGGCGCGCGGGGAUCUGGAUCUGGAUUUGGAGGGAAGCGCGGAAAACGGACUCUGGAGGAAGACGACCGGGGCUGUGCCGUUUGUGGAUUACGUCAUUAUGACAACGCCGGGGUCGACGCUGCCAACGCCGAUAGCGGCUGCCAUCUCGACGACGACGGCGCGGCCGGCCGCGACGGCGGUGCAACAAGGCGCAGGCGAGGGAACAAAAAGCUGGCGUACACGUUUACUUGUGCUGCAUGCACCACGGCGCAGGUCGCAGCGGCACCGUUACAAGGUAUGCAGCCCGGUGGCAGACACUGUGUAUCACCGCCGACCGCUAGUUCGCUGGAUGUUCAGGAUGGCAGAUUAACCGCAGCCAGCAACGGCGGUGGUGCACCGACCGGUGUACUGCAACAAGGGUACUGCAGCGAUGAAAAGGCGUUGGCGGCGCAGGUGCAGGCGAUUGAGGCGGGUUCCGGAGCAAAGGAGAUUGCUGCAGCGGCUGGCACACCUCCGCCGCCAUUGGUGAAGCGGGUGGCGGCGGCUGCUUUGGAGUUCACCGGGAAGGUCGAGGCGGCAGGGAACGCUGGCGCCGUCGCUGUCACUGCUGCCGCCGCCGCCGCUACCGCCACAGAGGCGCGCGAGGCGAAUAUGACCGAGUGUAACCCCCGUCCUGGUGGAAGGAGACGGACUUGCCCGGGGCUGGUCACGUGCCGUCGCUGCUACGACCGCUUCCGGGUUCGGCGGUCGUACGGUCGCGGUGAUGCGCUUACGGCGGCCGACGCCGCCAUGCGCGCCCCUGGCGCAACCGCGGCCGCUCCAAUGGCCAGCGUCGCCGGCACCGCCGUCGACGGAGCCGAGAAAAGCCAACCAAAAGGCAACCGCUGCAGAACGAGCAGGUCACGGAAGAGCAACCCGGACGGGACGGACUCCGUUUGCGCUGGUGACUGGGUGCAUGUAAGACAGACGGCGACACCUGCCGGUACGGCACGGAGCCCGAAGAGGAUAGACGCUGCCGCCGCCGCUGACGAGGACGACGAGGACGCAGCGCCGAGCCUCAGGACUGUGUUCCGUGUGCGGCGGAUGAGGCGCUGGAGCUACAAUGCGUCUCAAGGAGCGGAGGGAGACGACCGAGAUGAAGACUACAUGUAUGACGGUGAUGGUGAUGGCGGUGACGACGUCUCUAAUCGAGAUGGUGAUGACGACGAGGGCGAAGGUGAUGAAGAUGACGGCGACGAGGGCGACGAGGGCGACGACGGCGACGACGGUCACGACAUGGAGGAGGACGUGGAAAAAGGUCGAGAGGAGCAAGUAGAAAGGAUGUCUGAGGACGAAGGUCUGGAGCUCGUGUCAGAUGAAAUGGAGAUGGGCCAGGUCCAGGACCAGGUCCAGAACCAAAACCAGAACCGGGAGCGGGAGGCUGAGGACGGGGUGCGCGAGCCGCCGCAGGCGGCAGCGGCAGCGGCGCAAGGUGGUGAGGUGGCAAGGAUCCGUAUCCCAGCGAUGGCGGCGGCGGCGGCGGCGGCGGAAAUGCAGCAGGCCAUGCUGAGGUACGGCACCAACAGACAGGGCGCCGUAGCGGCGGCGGCGACGGCGGCCGGGGUGGCCUUGGUACCAGGUACACCGGAGCCUGAGCGCAUACCCCCGCCGCCUCCACGAUACACGCCGCCGACGAUGCCGCUGCGGCGGGAGGACUCCGUGGCGCCCCAGGGGGGUUCACUUUCGACGCCAAAGUCCCCGACACGAUCCCUGGUGCAGGCGCUGGCCGUGGCCCUUGCUCAUCCUCAGCCUCCGCAGAGGCAACCCCUCCCCAUGCCGCCGCCCCACGACCGAUCACCGCCUUACCAUCAUCACCAUCAGAGCCAUCAGUGCCAGUACGGCAGCCCGGGGCCUUUCCUCAAUGCUGCUUUCCAAGGACCCCUGCAACAGCAGCAACAGCAAGCUCAGCAACAGCAGCAGCAUGCGGUGCCAUUCCCUGCCCUGCAUGAGCUGUUGCCGCUGCCACCGCAGCCGCCAAGCAUAGGCCGAAUCAAUCAGCGACCACUUCAGCACAUGGCGCCCCGUACCAAACGCCGCCGCCGCAGCAGAACAUGCAGCCGUACCCGCCGUACGCGGCUGGAGCAGCUCACCCUGGAGUUCGGGGACCUGCUGGGCAAAGCUUGCGAGGCACUUGUGGAGAUGGAGGACAAGGACGGCAUUCGACUGCUGGAGUCGGGCAACGGCGCAUCGCUGCCGUCGCCGCCGCCGCCAACUGGGCACUGGGACCUCGCCGCCAAUGGUGGUGGCCACGAUGGCGGCGGCGAAGGAUCCCGUACGCAACUGCCGCCGUCGCCGUCGCCGAUGCGGUUACGCUCACCUCUACGGGUGGCUUACGAGGAGCUUUGCGUCGCUGACCCUUUUCUGCGGGCACGACUGCUUGGCGACCUGGCCGUACGCUGGUUGGAGAAGAACGCCUGGCGCAGCCCGCUGGAGGCGUUGCUUGGCAGGGGUGUACGGCAGCGGAGCAUGGACCGCAUAGGGCCUUUUGAGUGUCUGGACGAGCAGCAGCAGGGUUGCUACAUGUGGUGGUUGGCCAAGCGCACGUACGAUGGUCGUACGGAAGCGCCCAGGGUACGCGGCGGGACAGCUCAAGCACGUGUCGUACGGGGCGGUACAGUGAAGGCCAGGGCACGGCGGCCGGCGGGGCCAGUCACGGCUGGCGAGUCCAUAAGUUGGACCCCACACUGCGGACGUGCCGGAGGCGGCCUUGCGGGCGGCGUCAUCAGCGCCGCCGCCACCGCCAUUCACUCGCGAGUGGCAAAGCGGCCACCGCCACCGCCGCCGCCAGCACUAGCAGCAGCAGCAGGGGCUACUGCCGCAGGUCCUAGCGGGAGCGGUGAAGGCGUUGGAGCCGCAGCCGGAGCCGCACCUGGCGGCAGGGUUGGUGACGGCGGCGGCGGCAGCGGCGGCGGCGGCGGCGGCGGUCCACAUCCCAGCGUCACCACCGCGCCCGGGGGCCCCCGUCAGCGCCAAAAGGGACUGGACCGAACCGGCCGCAGCGACGUCAACGCUGACGUGAACGCCUCCAGGCGGCCUCAAAACGUGCGGUCAGCGGCCGCAGUACGAGCUGCAGAACCACUCGUCACAGUAAAUGUACGACAGGUCGCGGCAGCAGGAGAAAAAGCAAGCGCAGCCGCGGCAGCGGCGGUGCCGCCAGCUGCGGCGGUCAUGACUCCCAAGCUGUCCGCGGCGACCCCGCCGGACCGAUUCGUCACAGCCACUGCUGGGGAGGCCGGAGCCGUACCACCGCCAUAUACGUCGCUGCCGUUUUGCCGCCAGCCGUCAGCCGCCGCCCCUGCGCCGCCGUCGCGGCCUCCUCGCCCGCCGCGGUCGCAGCGGCCGCCGCGGCGUCGGCUUGCAAAUCCCUACCCCCCGUCUCCAGGCGACGAAGCUGCCGACGCAGGGUUGCUGGCGGCGACGGCGGCCUGUACGGCAGGCGGUGGCGUGGCGGCGGCGCUGCGUGCGGACGACCCGUGGGACCUGGGGUCCUCCGUCACCGAGCUUGGCAAUCAAGUUGCCCGAGUGGCGCAGGCGCUGGAGCAGCUCGAGGACAGACACGGCGUGGCGCUGCUCGGAACAAUCGGUGCAGCUCCCGCCCGCUCCCCUCCUCGUACCCCCCAUCCACCUUGCCGUACAACUGGGGAGGCGGCUCCCAGGGGUUGGCCGCCGACGGUGGCUGGGGGAGCUGGGUGUGAGGCCGCUAGGAGGGUGGAGGCCGCGAAUGACGACGGUGGCGACGGCGGCGGCUCCGGCGGCGGUGGGCAAUCGUCCCCUCGCGCCGCGUACUGCAGGAUCUGCGGCGGCAAUCCGUUGUUGCGAGCCAGACUGCUUGGAGACGCAUUGCUGCGGUGGCUGCAGACAUGCACCUGGAACCAGCAGCGCCAUGUCCCAGCCGUGAACCAGCUACCAGCGCCGCCACCACAACAGCACAUCCGGACGCCGACAGACCUACGCCCGGAUGUAAAUCCGGAUCCAGAUCGGAUCCAUUUUCACCAGGGGUUAAAUCCGGAUCCGGAUCCCAGGAGAGGUCUGGAUCCGGGUAUGGAACCCGACUCUCCAAGGGUUUUGACAGCGGUAUCCCCGACGCAUCACCAGGAGGUUGGCGGCUUGGGGAACGGCGGUGGCGGUGACGGCGGCAGGGGAAGCGGCUUUGGUGCCGGAAGCGGCAACCAGUUCCAGGGUGCCGCAGGGUCGGCGGCGGAGGCAGACAACCCAUGGGCCACACCGUCAUCUGCCGACGCCACUGCACUUCACGCAGCCGCGGUCUGCCUGGCGGCGGACCUAGCCAGCAGCGUGCUGGGCCUUGUACCGCCGCCGCCAACACUGCUGCCGCCGCCGCUGCCGCCAUUCCAUGCAGCCGGUGAUGCACCUGCCGCCGCCGGCCCCGGCACAGAGCCGAUGACAAGCGGCUCCGCUGGCCGCAACGCCGCCGACGGCGUCCAUGCGGCAAUUACCGCUGUUGUACGACAGCUAGAGGACCUUGUGGCGUCGUCGUUACGGCUAGGCAUGCUUGUAGCCGCCGCGCCCGGAGGGAUGGCGCUGCGGCUCGUGGCACCGGGGACCCCGAUAAUUGCACCGUACGGUGCCGUACAAGAGGGGCAGCUGGCGCCGCCGCAGGUGGCGGCGCCCGUGGUGCCGGCGGCCCCGACGGCGCCGCAGCUCGUUCUCGCCGUUGAGUGGCUGUCAUUGGAGUUGGAGGACGAUGACAGACUCUGCAGCCGCGGUAGCGACGGCGGCACGAUGGGCACUAGUGGCGGCGGCAGCAGUGGCGGCAGCAGAAGUAACAUCAGGAGCGGCGUGGUUCUCUGGGUCGUGUCGCCGGGGCUUGUGUGCCGGCAGGGGCGGGGUGGGGAGGCUUCACUGUACGCCGACAGCACUGGCGACGGAAGCGGCAACAGCACUCUGCCCGUCGCCAGCACGGCGGACGGUGUCCGAGAACGGGUGCUGAUACCAGUACAUGUAGUGGGUUGGAGUGCUUGA